CAGAAUGUGAUUGCCUGAUAAAAAAAAAAAAAUCUAACACUAAAAUUUGGAUUUAAGCUUUGCCUAAAUAAUAAUUUGGUAGAUAAAAAAGAUUGCCUAGAAGGGUAUGAUACAGACUUGACAACAGUGGUUGCAUCUCUUGAACUCUCCUCGAUUUAUCAAAUGGCUAUGCUCUUCGUCUUUGUAUCCAUUUUCAUAGUCCUAUUGAUGAAGUUCCUCUUUAUAGACAAGUCAAGAAAGAGAAGGUCCAAUCUCCCUCCAAGUCCUCCUAUCAUACCCAUUAUUGGCAACCUCCACCAGGUUGGCUCCUCCUCACCCCACCUAGCUCUUCAAACACUAGCACAAAAGUAUGGUCCCAUAAUUUUCCUACAACUUGGUCAAAUCCCAACGGUGGUUGUGUCCUCAGCAAGACUAGCAAAGGAAGUGUUGAAAACCCAUGAUCUUGCACUUUCUAGCCGUCCACAACUCUUCUCAGCCAAAUACCUCUUCUACAACUGCACAGACAUUGCUUUCUCUCCUUACGGUGAUUACUGGAGGCACAUCAGGAAAAUUUGCAUACUUGAGCUUCUAAGUGCUAGAAGGGUACAAUCUUACAAAUGUGUUAGAGAAGAAGAAGUUGCUCGUCUAGUUCACAGGGUCAAAGGGUCUUAUCCUGGAACCACCGAUUUGUCUAAGAUGCUGGGGCUGUAUGCAAAUGAUAUCCUUUGCCGAGUGGCAUUUGGAAGGGAGUUUUCAGAAGGAGGAGACUAUCAACGACAUGGGUUCCAAAAGAUGCUUGAUGAGUAUCAGGAACUCCUUGGAGGAUUCAGUGUUGGUGACUUCUUUCCUUCCUUGGAGUUCUUGCACAGCUUGACGAGUAUGAAGUCAAGACUCCAAGACACUUCUCGAAGAUUUGAUCAACUCUUUGAUCAGAUACUGAAUGAGCACAUGAGUGCAAAUAAUGUGGAGGAGCAUAAGGACCUUGUUGAUGUUUUACUCGAGGUGCAGAAGAAUGGCUCCCACGAGAUGCCUCUCACCACUGAUAAUAUCAAGGCAAUCAUCUUGGACAUGUUUGCUGCAGGAACUGAUACAACCUUCAUAACUCUUGAUUGGGCAAUGACGGAGCUGCUAAUGAAUCCACAGGUGAUGGAAAAGGCACAAAAGGAAGUUCGGAGCAUCUUGGGAGAGAGAAGAGUUGUUGGAGAGAGUGAUCUGCAUCAGCUGGAGUACAUGAGAGCUAUUAUCAAAGAGAUAUUUCGGUUUCAUCCUGCAGUUCCAGUGCUACUCCCCAGGGAAUCCAUGGAAGAUGCUGUGAUAGAGGGGUAUAGAAUUCCAGCUAAAACGAGAUUUUUUGUGAAUGCUUGGGCAAUAGGUAGGGACCCAGAAAGUUGGGCAGAUCCUAAUGCAUUUAAACCAGAGAGGUUUUUAGGGAGCGAUAUUGACUACAGAGGGCAGGAUUUUGAGCUAAUACCGUUUGGGGCAGGUAGAAGAGGUUGUCCAGGUAUUACUUUUGCCAUUACAACUGUUGAGCUUGCUCUGGCUCAACUCCUCUACAGUUUUGAUUGGGAGUUUCCUCCUGGUAUAACCCCCAAAGACUUGGACCUCACUGAAGUCUUCGGUAUCUCAAUGCACAGGAGAGAACAUCUUCAUGUGGUUGCUAAACCAUAUUUCCAUGAAGACUUGGGAUACAACAAGCAAGCAUAAAAGGGGUCCUAUGUUUUAGACUUUAAUCAUGUCAAGGUGUGUGUUAGUGUCUGCCGUGUAACAGUGUGUCCAGGUGUGCACGAUAGUAUUUAGUCAUGUGUCAGAUGCCAGAGUUGGUGCUUGAUAAAUUAUUAAUUAAGUUGAUGUUAAGAAGUAGUUAAGUUAACUAGUGGGUAAAUAAAAGUAAGAAAACCGAAUGAAUCAUUGGUGAAUUGUGUGAUUGGAUGAACUUGGUUCAUUUGGAAGUUUUCAUUACGAACUCCAGCUAUUCUGAGUUGCUUGAAUAAAUGGAAACAUCUUCAUAGGGUCA